GGAAAUGAUCAUCAAUUCUGACAUCUGUCACCUAAGCAAAUGAUUUGAAACCCACUGAAAGAAACAUCCAGACACCAGGACUCAAGGAAGUAUAUCAGUGGAAUAGAUUGGAGAUUUUCACGCUAUGUUAAUUGAGGAGCGUAUAUUAACACUUUUCCGUAGGAACUGUCAACAUACACUGACAUACUGGAGUGUGUUCUUUAGCUUUGGACUGAGCAUAGCCUUUCUGGGGCCUACGAUCCUAGAUCUGAAAUGCCAGACUGGCUCCACGUUACAGGAGAUCACCUGGGUGUUCUUCUCCCAGCAGCUCUGCCUGCUCAUCGGCAGCUCGACUGGAGGAGUUUUCACAAAAACGUUGUUUGGUGCUCUCAUCGCUCUCUUCCUCUCCUCCCUCAUCAUCUCCGUGGUUUUUGCUUUCAUCCCACUUUGCUAUAAUGUGCUGUUGCUGGCGGUUGCUAUGGCAGUGUCAGGCCUGGCUAUGGGCAUCAUCGACACUAUUGCAAACAUCCAACUGGUGUCCAUUUAUAAGAAAGACUCUGCUAUCUUUCUGCAGGCACUGCACUUCUUCAUUGGGCUCGGCGCUCUGGUGAGCCCCCUGAUUGCAGAGCCUUUCAUAUCAGAGCACUGCCUGAGCAGUAAUAGCACAGAAAAUGCCACAGAGAUACUUGUCCAUUUCAGAUCCAGCUACAGGUCACCUGUAAUCCUUCCUGAGAAUUCCCCGCACUCAGAGCCGGUCGAGGAGAAGGCCAAUGUGUCGUACGCCUUCUGGAUCAUGGCUCUCAUAAAUUUGCCUGUGCCGAUUGCAGUUUUUGUGUUGAUGUACCAAGAGAAGCUACUUCCCUGUUGUCCAAACAGCACCCCACGACUGCUGGACAAAGAUGAGUUAGCCAUGGAGACUAAAGCACCAGAAAUCACAGAAAUGCCCGAACCACACGAUGCAGAUUUUCAUCAUUCAGGACAUGGAAACAUUUUCAGCUGCUGUAUGAAUGGUAACCUGCGUGGGUUACCGGCCACUUUUUUUGUUAUCCAUAUCUUGGGCGGUAUGGUGCUGUUUAUGACAGAGGGCAUUAUGGGGGUCUAUGCUGGCUUUGUUUACACGUAUGCUGUUUCAGCUCCCAUGUCUCUGCACGCUAAAAUGGCAGGAUACCUGAACUGUAUCUUCUGGGCAGCCGUCACUGCUGGACGACUGGUGUCUAUCCCGCUAUCGUACCGCUUUAGGCCGGUAUAUCUGCUCGUCGUGAACCUGGCUGGUGUGAUUGUAACAUUGCUGCUGUUAAUGAUCCUCUACACAAACAGAGUGUUUCUGUUUGUUGGUACGACCUUGCUCGGGCUUUUCAUCAGUAGUGUUUUCCCCUGCAUAGUGGCCUACACUGAAGACAUCCUAAACUAUCGCGGAUGUGCAACAACAGUCUUAGUGACAACUUCUGGAAUGGGUGAGAUGACGUUGCAAGUGUUGGUUGGAUCACUUAUUCAGAAAAAAGGCAGCUACAGUUUUUUGGUGUGUGGUUUGGUCACCGGAUGCCUUGGUUUCAUUUUCCUCCUUAGCGUGAUCCUGUGCAACCGCAUCCACAGAAAUCUCACAGGAGCAUCUAAAAAAGCAGCCAUGGUGGAAGCCCCACCAGCACCUGCUCCACCUGCUUCAGAGAAAGCCGCUCCAGAACAGAAAAUUGCUGUAAUACAACCUGAAUCAAUUAAAUGUGACUCUGGAUGAGACCUGCUGGAAAUAUUUAAGACAACUAAACUGUAAACAGUGAAUGUGCUUUUAAUAUCAUAUUUGUGUAAAAAACAAAAACAACAACAAAAAAACAACAGAAAACCCUACACAGUGAUGCAAUAUGUUUUUUAUGUAUUUCUGCUAAGUUUGGUAUUAUACAUGUUUUUUUUUUUUUGUUUCUUUGUGGUUCAGUUUCUUUCAAAUAAUCUUGUCUGUUAAAUUAUUAAUAUUACAGGAAGAGAAGACAAAUGUGAGAAACGUUUAAUUACAGGAGGGAAAUAAAGAAAUUUAUGGCAUAAAAUGAAUAAAUAUAAAUAAAGUUUUGUACUUUACCCGAGACUGAAAAUCAUUAACACCAAUUAAAUACCAGAAUGAACUCUUAAUUAAUAAUUCACCAAUCUAAGAAUUCCUAGAACUUCUCUAGUCCUUCAAAACAUUUUUUAUCUUGUUAAAACUGGUCUUGGGCUGGAAGGUCAUGGCCAGAAUAUUGUACUGUUUAUUUGAAAAAUUCAACAGCUUUUGAAAAACUUAUGACUAAUGCAAACUGUUAUUUGCAGUAAUAUUGCAAUAAAUUAUUGUUCAUCAUGUCAA